AUGUCGAAAAAAAGAAAGUACGAUGACUCUUAUACGUCGUUUGGUUUUACAUCUAUUACCGAACGCGAUGGUACACAAAAACCACAAUGUUUUAUCUGCGGAAAAAUACUUGCAAAUGGCAGCAUGAAACCAACAAAGCUUAAAGAACAUCUUGCUUCGGUACAUCCUCAACAUGCGUCAGAUAGUCUGGAAGAAUUUCAAAUAAAAAAAGCACGUUUUGAAAAAGCCGGUACAUUACCCAAACUUGGAUUUGUACCUCCGCAAAAACCAUGUCUCGAAGCAUCUUACAAAGUAGCUUACCGCAUUGCUAGAAGUAAAAAACCACAUACAAUUGGCGAGUCACUAAUAAAACCAUGUGCAUUAGAAAUGGUAGAAUUAGUAUGUGGUUUGGAACAACGAAAGAAAAUUGAAGCUAUACCUUUAUCAAAUGAUACUAUAAAUUCUAGGAUUUCUGAUAUGUCCACUAACAUUUUGGGACAAGUAAUUCGGGAAUUAGAUUCAACCCCUUUUCCAUUCAGUAUGCAGUUGGACGAAAGUACAGAUAUCUCUCAAUGCAGCCAAUUAUUAGUUUUUGUACGUUACAUAUAUUCUGAAACUAGUAAAGAAGAAUUUUUAUUUUGUCAACCACUUUUGAAAACUACAAGGCUAAUUUACGUGUUUGAAAUGAUUACUAAUUUUUUUUCUAAACAUCAAUUAAAUUAUAAAAGAAAACUCGGUUCGCUGUGCACCGAUGGUGCUCCUUCGAUGCUUGGUAAAUCAUCUGGUUUCACAGCGUUGAUAAAGAAGGAAAUUCCCGAUAUCAUCAUCACAUCUACAUUUUCGAAAUCAGAAAUAUGGUUACGCAAUCCUUUUCUCGUGGACUUAAAUACUAUUGAUGACUCAGAUCUCGUUAAAGAUGAACUAAUUGAUUUAAGAUCAAAAUAA